CAUCCAGACACUGCGCCCUCGUCCUCGUCCCAUGCCACCCCAGCCCACCAUCCGUCGACACCCCGAACCUGGCCUGUCUGGAUUUUGUACACCGCGCGUUAUUACACACUCAAACUUUCCAAUGAUAAGGGAAAUGGAAUAAUAAGAAGACUCUCCGCCAUCCGUGGCUCCCACUGCUUUCUCUCCCCCAUCCUGGUCCAUCUGACUUCUCCCCUUUCUCUACCCCACGACCCUUCUCCUCUCGUGCCAAAUCUCCCUAGCUUCAACGCCUGUGGCCGGCACGUAUAUAUAUCUUAUCUACAAGGCCGCCUUCCCCCGGCCUCCCCAACCUCUCCAGCUUCCACCUUCUUUCUUUCUUCGCUUCUCCUCCCUCCUUUCUUCUUCUCAUCCCAUCUUGUUUCCAACAUCUCGUGGGCAUCAAGAAAAGAGAUAGCCAGGAAGAGACAGACGUCAUAAGUCAGACAGCAACCAUGUCCGCAAUCUCACAGCAGCCACCCAGCUACCCCGACGUGGGCCCACUCCCCGCCUACAAGGAUCAGCAAGAUGACAUUAACUCCUUUGGAAAGAAGAGCGACCCCGAAACGGGCCUCGAGAAGACUGCCACCAUCGAAGAGGGUUCUGAAAAAUACAACCGCCUCGGAUGGAAGAGAUUGACCAUUUGCCUCAUCGUCGAGGCUAUUGCUCUGGGCUCCUUGAGUGUACCCAGCGCUUUUGCCGCUGUCGGCAUGGUGGCCGGUGUCCUCCUGACAGUCGGUUUGGGCCUUGUGGCCAUUUACACCAGUUACGUCGUCGGCCAGGUCAAGAUGAAGCACCCUUCUGUCGAACACUACUCCGACGCUGUGCGCCUGAUCUGGGGUCGCUUCGGUUAUGAGCUUACCGGUGCCAUGUUCGUCAUCUUCUUGGUUUUGCUCGUGGGUUCGCAUGCCUUGACCGGCACCAUCGCCUUCAUCAACAUUGUCGACAAGGAACACAUCUGCGCCCUCGCCUGGUCCGUCGUUUCAGCCAUCAUCCUGCUCCUUCUUUCCCUCCCGCCCUCUUUUGCCGAGUUUGCCAUUCUGGGUUACAUUGAUUUCAUCAGUAUCAUGGUUGCCAUCUUCGUCACCAUCAUUUCGACUGGAGUUCAGGCCAGCAACAAGCCCGGCGGUCUCGCUGCUGUCAACUGGUCGGUUUGGCCCCCAGAGGACGUCACUUUCCACAGCGCUUUCCUCUCUACCACCAACAUCAUCUUCGCCUACUCGUUCGCCAUUUGCCAGUUCAGUUUCAUGUCCGAGAUGCACACUCCCAAGGACUACGUCAAGUCCAUCUGGGCCCUCGGUCUAAUUGAGAUCUUCAUUUACACCCUUACAGGCAGUCUCAUCUACGCUUUCGUUGGAGCCGAUGUCAAGAGUCCCGCUUUGUUGUCCGCUGGAACCACCGUUUCGCGCAUUGCAUUCGGUAUCGCCCUUCCCGUCAUCUUCAUUUCCGGAAGUAUCAAUGGAACCGUCGUAGGCCGCUACCUUACCGACCGCAUUUUCACCAACUCCCCGAUCCGCUACAUCAACAGCGUCAAGGGAUGGACCUGGUGGGUCUCGCUUCUUACCUUUGUCACGGUCAUCGCUUGGGUCAUCGCCGAAGCCAUUCCCUUCUUCAACGCCCUCCUCGGUCUCCUCUCCGCCCUCUUCAUCUCCGGCUUCACUUUCUACUUCCCUGCGCUGUUUUGGUUCCAGCUCAUCAAGGAAGGAAAGUGGUACGAGGGCUGGAAGAACAUUUGCCUGUCCAUUCUCAACGCUAUCGUUUUCUGCAUGGGACUCAUUAUCCUGGGAUGCGGUGCUUAUGCCAGUGUGCAAGAUAUCAUCAACCAGUACGCCGGAGGUCAGGAGAAGGCUCCCAGAAGCCCCUUCACUUGCGACUCUGCGGCAUACACUUAA